AUGGCUUCCAUCACCGCUGGCCCCGAGUAUUACACCCCGCCUCCCCCGGGAGCUUCUUCCACAGCAGCGAUAGAGCAAGAUGCACCAGCUCUCCUCGACUUGCACCGUCAACUCCCCAAUCUUCACAUUUACACCGCUUCCUCCCCCGACUUUGACAUCCUGAACAGGGUCAAUGACAGAUCCAUCACCACUCUCCCUCUCGCUACCGUCCGCCCAACAGAUGAAGCCCAGGUCGCAGCAGCCGUGCGCUACAUUGCCCAAAACGGCCUGACAUUGGCCAUUCGCAACUCCGGAGCAGACCAGGGCGGUCGAAGCCGCGCCUAUGGACCAAAGGACGUCUCUCUCGACGUCCGCUCCAUGACCAAGAUGGUGCUUUCCGCUGAUCGAAGCUCGCUGACGGUUGACGGAGGCGUCGCGGGAGGAAACGUGGCGAAAUUCCUGGAUAGCUUUGGACUUGCUACACCUACGGCAUUUUCCCCCGCGGUUGGCUACGUCGGAUGGGCCUGUGGCGGCGGCUACAGCUCCUUGAACGGCAUCAUGGGCUUGGGCGUGGACAACAUCCUCAGCGGAAGGGUUGUCUUGGCCGAUGGGCGUGUUAUGGACACGGACGACGCCGACUGCGAUCCGGAUCUCCUGUGGGCUCUUCGUGGAGGCGGUGCUGGGAUCGUGGGCGUCGUCUCUUCGCUUCGGAUUCGUUGUCAUCGGCGUCCGGAUGUAUUGGCCGGGGUUGUCCUCUUUCCUCUCGAGGAGACGCCUCAGAUUGCCAAGCAAUUGAAUGAGUUGUAUGCGUGGAAGAAGCCACCGAAGUUUGCGGGUGAUGCAGCUGUUUUCAAACGGGCUGGUAUGGACGCGGCUUGCUUUUCCUUCCUUUUCCACUGGUCUCUGGAGGAGGAUCGGAGUGAUCUCGAUGAGGCGAAGGAUUACGUCGAGCGUAUCGCGAAGAUGGGAACCGUCCUCGUGAACACCGUCAGAGAAACCACGCCAUACGGCUUUAUUUCGACAAUGACUGAGAUCCGCCUCUACGAAGAGCUCGUCUUCAUCAAGAAGCAAAUCUCGGUACCCGGCUGGUCAGAGGAACUCGGCCGCAUCAUAUCCGAGCCGCUCCCGACGGCCUCGUCCAACAUCAUCAUGCACGACAGCCACGGCGCCGGAACGCGAGCCUCUGGAGCCGCCCUCGAGGAGAACGCCGCUUUCCAGAACCGCGAGCCGCAUCUGAUGUUUGGCUUCUUCCCGUCCGCGCAUCCUGAUGAUAAGGAGGGGAUGAAAGUGGGACGAGCGUGGGCGGACAGGCUGUUUGAUGGGAUCAAAAAGGCUGGGCUUGCUAUGCCUUCGCACUACAUUAACUUUGCGUCGCCUGAGAAGGGGGACGGGUUGUUGUAUUACGGACCGGAGGCCAUUGUUCGGAUUAGGGCGGUGAAGCGGCGACUUGAUCCGUCCAACUUGUUUGCCAAGAGUACGCCUGAUAUCGCGGAGAUAUAG